AAUGCUAAUGUGCAUAAACUCCGGUGUAUCUGCUAUAUAGAUCACAGCGAGAGGCACAACAUUUAACAGGCUUGUGCGCUGCACAUCGGCCUAGACCUUUCGGUGUAUAUUCAUCUGCUUAGUCACAAUGGGCAAGGAUUAUUACUCAAUUCUCGGUGUAAGCCGUGGAUCCAACGAUGCCGAGUUGAAAAAAGCCUAUCGUAAGCUGGCCAUGCAAUGGCAUCCAGACAAACAUCCUGAUCCUGUUGCCAAACAAAAGGCGGAGGAUAUGUUCAAAAAUGUCUCCGAGGCAUAUGACGUUCUUUCUGAUCCUGAAAAACGGAAGAUAUAUGACCAGUUUGGAGAGGAGGGUUUGAAAGGCACCGCCGGUGGUCCAAACCAAGGAGCCGGUACAACUCAAUAUGUUUAUACUGGUGUGGACCCAUCGGAGUUGUUCAAGAGAUUCUUUUCCACUGACCGCGGCUUCAUGUUCAAUGGCAAUUUUGGUGAUGAUAUGGGUGGUUUCGGCGAUGCUUUUCAAAUGCAUCAUACAACUCAUUCACGUCCCUCCAAGUCUGUUAAUUACGAGCUAGAUCUACCGGUCACACUAGAGGAGCUCUACACUGGCACCACGAAGAAAAUGAAGAUAACGCGUAAACGCUUCUCAGGCAACACUGAGUACAAGGAAGAACAGAUCCUUAAGGUCGACGUCAAGGCGGGUUGGAAGGACGGAACAAAAUUGACUUUUGCACAUGAAGGUGACCAAGCGUCACCUACGAGCCCUCCGGGCGAUCUUAUAUUUAUCAUAAGAUCAAAGCCACACCCAAGAUUUACGCGUGACGGUAACAACUUAAUAUACAAGUUCACAGUGCCUUUGGUAAAGGCUUUGACUGGAUUCCAGGCAACUCUUACUACACUGGACAAUCGCAGGGUAACAACCCGAAUUGUCGACGUUGUUUCACCGUCGUACCGGAAAGUCAUCCCGAACGAAGGAAUGCCAAUUUCGAAGUCGCCCUCCCACCGUGGAGAUCUCAUAUUGGAAUUUGACAUUACGUUCCCGCGGACGCUAACUCCGGAGCAGAAGAAGCAAAUGAUUGCUGUAUUCAAUGAGUUGGGUUAAUCAAAAAA